AUGGACAUUAAUGGAUCAUUUAUUGAAUCGGAAUUGUUAUCAGCAAUUAUUCCGUUUACCUUCGAUGGACGAAAUAAUCCUCAAACAAAUCAUGCUGAUACAAAAAUAGAUCUUGCGGAUCUAAAUCCUAUUCAAGAUUGA